GAGCCCGUAGCCCUGUCGAAACUCCUGCCGACUCCUCAGUCCUUCCCUUUUUUUUUCCCUCUCUCUUUCCUUUUAGGUGAUGUCCCAGGACAGAUGAAUCCAAUUACUCGAUACCAGUUCAUACCUCUGGCUGAGGUUCUCUGCUGCGUCAUUGCCGACAUGAACACGGCCCACGAGCUCGUUACCCAGGAAUCCUUAAUGGAACAGUUGGGGAAACACUAUCCAGGCCUAGCCACUCCUUCCCCGGACAUUCUCUAUACCACUCUGGGGACUCUGAUUAAAGAGAGGAAAAUCUAUCACACGGGAGAAGGAUACUUCGUCGUCACCCCUCAGACGUACUUCGUCGCCAAAACCGCCCACCGAGAGAAUCGGAGCGUUCUCCUCGAAGACCAUCCCUCCCUGUCACCUCCGGUCACUUACCUGGUCAGCAUGGAGAGUCCCGCCGAGCUAACUAAGGGAAACACUGCCCCGAUGACCCACUGUAAGUUCUGCCAUUGCUUCUCCGGUCUGGGUUCACCGGGCACCCAAGGACAGCCGUCUCCCGGAGAAGGACACGGGAGGGGUCAGAAGGGCAUCGGGGAUUCCAAGCCUUCCGUCCGGAAUCAGGCCGUCUCUACAUCUGAGGAGAGCCCUCUGGCUGAGGUGCCCAAAUCCUUGCCCCCCACAAAGGAAAAAGAAAAAGAAAAAGGCAGGAAGUUUGGCCUGCGUCUCCUCUGGCGGAACAUGUCCCGGAAAGAGAAGCCCAAAAAGGAGUACGGCACUUUCUCGGCUCAGUUUCCCCCGGAGGAAUGGCCGGUCCGGGACGAGGAGAACUUAGACAACAUUCCCCGGGACGUCGAACACGAGAUCAUCAGGCGCAUCAACCCCGUGCUGACUGUGGACAACUUAAUCAGACACACCGUGCUGAUGCAGAAAUACGAGGAGAGGAAGAAAUACCUGAGCCAGGGCACCUCCACGGAACUGUUGGCAACCCGGCACAAGCACGUCUCCAAGGGCGGCGGCGGAAAGAGGCAGAGCAGGCCGGCGAAGCUUCACAGGAGGGGGCAGACCGGCAGAGAGAGACGCGCCAACGGAAGCCGGCGGGGGUCUCCGGGCAGCGAGCCGAGGCUCGGCCGGGCCAAGGACCCACAGCCCCUCGCCGCCCGGGCCGGACCCGGCACGCCACACGGAGCGACGGCGGCAAAGCCGCUCUGGGAGGACUGUCCGGGGCCCCGAUCCCCCGUCAUCCGCAAGAAGCAGAUCGACCAUCCCUUCUGGAGCCUCCCACCCUCAGGGAACACUUUCCCCAAAAGGCUUCCUGGAGAGAGGGCCCCUCACUCCAAGUCGGGUCGGCUCGGAAAGCGAGAAAGAACUUGCCAGAGGUCCGGGUCUCUGGAUUCCCCAAGAACCUUCGGCGGCGCCGCCCAACAGCUCGGUCCUAAACAGCGCCGAGGCAAAACCAAGUCGAAGGAAUCCCCGUACGCUCAGAAAUCUCCCGUCCAACCCGCCGGCGAUGGUUUCGAUGUCGGCCCUCCAGACCCUCCGCCGCGUGGCAGUCGGAGAGCGGGAGAUAGAUGCCGACUCUGUGGAGAAGGCCCAUCUGAGCGUGCUCCGUAUCCUGGCCGAAGCCAAAAAACCCUCGCCGGCAUCCAGAGGGAAACCCUCUCACGCGCUGACUCAACAGGGGAGGUCGGAGGGGAAGCCCAGCGCCAACUGCUAGAUCCCCAAGGCAGCCAGUCCUGGGACCAAGCCGCCAGCGCCCAGAGGCUCGUGGAGAAAACAACCCGCCAGCUCCAAAACCUCGGCCUCGGGGAUGGCCCGGGGGGUCCUGUCCACGCGAGACCCCUUAGGGAUGUGGAAAACGAACUAAGGGGGAAGACUCCGGCCAAUUGUCCCGAGGCCGCCGGCCUAGAAAAUGAAGGAUUGACCGACGAGGAUGACGACGACCAGACUCUAUAUCAGCAAGACGUGGAAGAUAAUGAUGAUGUCUGCAGUUCCUUGUAUCUGGAGGAGGAAGAGGAGGAGGAGGAGGGCUCUUCUGAGAACAAUGAACUGUGUCGGAUGCUGACCGGUCACAUUCCGUUCUCCCUGGCCGACGCCAGCCAGUGGAAUCAGGCAGCAUCAAGACAUGGGGCUGGGGCAUCUCCGGGUCCCUGGAGCAACGGUAGGAGCCUGGCCAACUUCAAUCCAGUCAGGUUCGGUUUGGAGUCUCGCCUGCGUGAAGGAAACGGAGGCCUCGGACCUGCAGGGUCACUUAUUAACCCAGAUGGAGGCCAGAAAGCAGGGCUCGCGGGGGAGAACCGUGGCCUCCAUCCAAAGCCUCAGCUCGGUUUUAACAACUGCGGAGGGGAAGCUGGCACGGCCGAACGCGUUCAGGCUUCCGGGAUCGCGGGCGGCGGCAGAUUUGAUUACUAUAACACGAGUGAGGCGGACACCGAGGCUCUGCAGACGUCUGCCAGUGACGUGGGUGAGAAAUCAGCUUGCUGGAGCGCGAGCCCCCCGGAUGAGGAAACGAGAAAACACUUCACACAAAAAUUGGAGCUUUUCGACACGGCGCAUUCCCCGAUUUUGGUGCAGAGCAUCCGGAGGGAACAGAACCACUUGGAAGGAACCGAAAACCACAGCAUCACUGGAGACAGCGGAAUAGACUCUCCUCGAACCCAGAGUCUGGCAUCUAAUAAAUCCGUCGAUUUGGACGCACUGAAACGGCGACGGAGUUUUGUGCAAAACUUCGAAGGCGCAACGAGCCAAAGGCAGAGGUCGGCACUUUCAUCUCGUCCCUUAUUACAACUGACUCCAGUCAUGAAUGUUUAAUUCUUGUUUUCCUUUUGGGGUCUUUGGCUAACUUCCUGAGGUUUGUUUGUUUUUUUUAAAAAAAGAUUUUGUACAAAUGUACAGUAUUUCUAUAAAUGUUUAAUCAGCUGAAUACACAAGGUUCAUCCACGUCGUUGUAUACACUUUCAAACCUCAUGAAUAUUGGCUCUAGAGACUGAUUUUUCUCUUCUGACUUUUUUAAAACACAAAGCAAUUAAUCUUCCUGUAGCGUUAUUAGGAACAUGUUUGCAAUAAAAAUA